CCUCCAACACCUUGUUCUCUUUUCCUUUCCCAUUGUACUAUACCCUUUUUAAAGGUCGGUGUCUUGCCGCCUGGUCCUGUCUAUUUAUAUGUAUAUAUAUAUAUAUAUAUAUAUCAUGACUAUUAUACAAAUGAAGUUGUUUAGUAACAUACCUACACUUUCCGUUCCCAUCGGACACGUCGUUUCAACUCAAUUGAUUCCAACAAUCCAACCUUGGGUAGUUCGAAACCCAAAAUCCUAGUAGCGUUGGUCUUAAUUUAUUUUCCCGCAUUCCUCCCACGCCUACGGUUCGAAUCUACCCGCCUGCCGGCCGACUAAAACUCACUAAACGACCGUCAAAAGUAUAAUAAUGGCCGACGAUGGAGAUGGUGUUAUCAGAUCUGCGGCGGCUAACUGGUUUUCUUCCGACGUCCAGGGCGCCGAGGGGCCUGGAGGUUGGCGCCUUGAUGUUGUAACAUUACUUGCCGUCAUCGGCGAGUCGUCCAUAGCAGAACAUUGCCAGACUAUUACUGCCAGUAUUUUCUGCCUCCUCCCGCGCAUUAUCCCUGCCCCGCAGGCUUUCCUAAAGCCUUCCCGGCCUGGUCGCUUGCCCGAGACCACAGCAAAAAUGACCGGCGUCUACAGCGGUGUUGUCCUCGAUACAGUGGGAUUUUUUGCCAAUAUCAUUCACCCUCUUGACGAGCUGCAACCAUUUGCUUUCCGAGUCCUACAAAUCACCCAUACCGACCGCAAUAACGCCGGUGGCAUUGAGGUCCCCGGCCCACUCAAUAACAGAGCGAGCUUCCUUCAAAGCAUACGUACAAAUGGAAGGUCUACUAAUCCAUCACACGAACUCCGUACUCUACCACGUGGUCCUCCUGAAGAUCGCAAUACACGUAUACCGAACGAGCCGAUAGACACAGGAUACAGCAACGAUGUCGAGGCCGGUCCAACACCAGGCGUACACAGGCGGGCAACAAUGAGAGAAAACAUUCAGGACUUCGUAGCCAAUCCAACGCUUGCCAACAAUAAAAAACGACCUGCAGUCCCUGCUACCCUAUAUUCCCCUGUGCACGUCCUCUCAUUCUUCUCUCUUUUAUUGACAUGCGGUAUCAUUGCCCUCGCAGCAGUACUCGAGGAUGGAACAGCAAUUCUUGCCGUUACCCUCAUUUCCUUUGCAACCUCCAUUGUUGGCUGGGCUUCGUGGUGGAGGCCCAUCCUAAUGAAUCGCAGUCACACCAAUACUGUCCCUGAUGGAGACGUGAUAAUCCGUACGCGUGAGGGCGCAUUCCUCCUUAUCAAGUGCACCGAAGAAGUAGCGCGUGAGCUCUAUUCGGGCACUGAAGAGUGCGAAUACCACGUUAGCGGACGCGCAUAUAGGGUGCUCAUGGGACUUGGAACCUGCUUGUUAAUGGUGGCUGUCAUCCUCUUGGGCAACUGCAAGUGGUACUCUCAGGUUUUCAUCGGUGUUAGUUAUAUCGUAUUGAAUGGACUAUACUGGACUAUGGGAUUGAUCCCGAAACGCUUCUUCUGGGACUUAAGCCGCUAUGACAUUAGAGAUAUAACUCCUGAAAUCUCAAAAAACGCCCAUAUGGAAACCUCUAGUGACCCGCGGGAAGGGGUUAAAAGCUACACGCGUACUCUAUGGUAUGCGAUCCGCGAAACCAAGCGUACAGCUUGGGUUAAUCGGAGUGGCGCCGCCCCCGACACACCACAAUGGCGCAAGUGGCUCGCGGAGGCUGAAGACGCCGCAAUCUCGGAUAACACGGGCUGGCCUUCUGUUGCUCGUAAGGACGUGAUCAUGAAGAUGACAGAGAGCCAACUUAAUGAUAGAGAGACGUCGGCGUCCGAGCCGACUCGAAUAUUUGACCAGGCAGAGCAAGCCGCACCGGCCACUCAGAUACAGCCUCGAGACCGACGCCCUGCCGACGGCACUCUAUAGGCAAUUUUACCCAGGUUUGGGCCUCUGCCCUUAUAUGGAAAAAUUAGUGUGUUGGAUACCCCCUUAUAUUAGCGGGCGAGUUUGCGAUAUCGAGAUCAUUGUGAUUUCAUCUAAUCUACGAGGCUCUGGGAGAUUGCUAUUUGAGCCAAGGUCCGAGGAUUUAAUUACGACUUAUGAUUUUUUUUUUUUUAAUUUAUAAUUUAUGCAUGCUGCAUACGCAUAUAUCUGUAUAUUACUAGGUAGAUUUUGCAUCGGUUGGGCGAGCAUAUUGAUACUGGCUCUUGCAUUGGGGUAUGUAGAACCAAAAGCACAAAACUUGAAUUUUAUUGGAUAUAUUUCCCUCGAGGUAGGAAGACGGGGUGUUGUUAUUUUAGCGAGGAGUUUUGGUGUCUGAUAGUAGGCGAUUAUUAGCUUGCUCGUCGUUACUGCUAAGUCUUGUAAAGAUCAUAAUUGAGAUAUUUGGAUGCUGUAUUCUUAACUACCUUGAUACGUGGAUUUGCUGCGAAUGAGAAGUAUCAUGGGAUGGGCUGAAGGGUGGAGAGUGGCGAAGACUACCUGUUACCUAGGUAUUCAAUAUGUUAGAGCCAUAGCAUCUUCAAG